AAUUUUUUUUCCUUAAAAUAUUGUGAAGAAAAUGUGAGUUUUGCUACAAACCUAUAAACGUCACAUUGAAUUUCACAAUUAUGGAAUUAACGUGCUCUUGAUUUGUAGAAUUAUUUUAAUAAAUUAAGACCAAAUGUCUGCAAUUUGAAGUGAUUUUUUUUAAUCUUAGUGAUAUAAGACUUAAAAUAUUUAGAAAAAACUGCUAAGAUGAAAUUAAUUCACUUUGUUUUUCAUCAUGACACUCAAUAUAUAGCGUUGUUGACAUGGUUUUGUUUUGUGUCGGCUGAUGCAAAUGUGUAUCAAAGGACUAACGAUAUAUUUCUACAAAAUACCUUUUUGACACUCAGAAAUGCUACAAGAGUUAAAUGUUGUGCUUAUUGUAAUCAGACGGACGAUUGUAUGAGUGUAAGUUAUCAGGAAUCAACUAAAACUUGCAAGUUGUCGAGAGAUCCAUUAGUAUCUGUGUUUGUGAACGGACAGACGGACACCAGUUGGAAAAGUUACAGUAAAAAUGAAUGGUUGUUGGUGUUUCGUGGAACUCCAGGUAUCGGUGGUGAUAUAUAUACAGCCUGGGUUGACGGAGAUGACGUCACCGUAGAUAACGCCACAUGCAUGACGACUGACAGCACCACUUGCGAUAAGAAUUAUCGCAAUCCCAUUGUUGAUUCGUGGACUUCUAUUGGAAUGCAACAGGUAAAGUUUGCAUUUUACAAGGACAACGAAGAAGCUGCUUUUGUUGUAUUUAAUGCAACCGGAAGUAACAUCACCAGUUGGUUCUCGUCCUCAAAUAUUAUACAGUCAUCUUGGACAUCACUUGCCACAGAUUCUUUUAAUUACUUCUCCAUCUUAGGGCAUGAUCCAGGGAGAAGAUUCAUGAUCAAUCGUAAUUAUGGUGGAUGCCCCGUAGAUACCGGAUAUUCGAUUAUUGUAAUCAAUAAUGCGUUCCAAUGUACAUACGACAUCCAAACUUCCUACCCACAAUUCUUAUUCUCUACAUCUACAACAUAUGGAACUGCUGAAACGAUGUCAGGAAUGGACAAAGCAGACGUUAUGGCCAUAUUCAUAAAGUAACAAAAUGAUACGACGGUUAGAAAAGAUGUCAAUGACAUGCUACAAUACGGAACAUUCACGUGACGCUGACGCUUUUCAAUCUUGUUCCAUGAUAGUUUUGAU